GUCUGAGACUAAGUCAGAGGUCGAUUUUGUAGACCUGACGAGUAACCGUAGCCGAGUGCAUGAGUAGUCCGUCGUCCAUCCGGACGCUUAAUCACCUGAAAGCACGUGGCAAAGCCAUCGGUGUUUGUCGACCAUUAUCCAACUCGAUUAUUGGGUAUUUCACGUCCAAGCUCAGCAGGUUCAAGGUUCAACUACGGACAUUUACAAAGGGGCCAACAAUUCUUUCACAAGAGGCGAGCAAAAUGGUGCACAAGCCGGCAAACUACGACCGGUGGCCGAAGGAGAGCCUGGUCAAGCGGGUGAUGGAGCUAGAGGAGGAGCUGAAAAGGAGGGGGCAGGCCCCGGAGUCUCAAAGGCAGGAGAGGGCCCUCGCCGCCGCGGUAACUUCGAUAGAAGCCGACUUGAAGGCUGCCGAGAAGAAGAAGAAAAAGGCUGCCAAGUUCGACCCGGGGAAGUACUCGACCCGCUUGAUCGCGCUCAAGUUCGCCUACCUCGGCAAGAACUACAAUGGCUUCGAGUAUCAGUCGUCGGCCAAGAUGCCGAGCAUCGAGGAGGAACUGUGGAAGGCGCUUGUCAAGAGCUGCCUCAUUUUCCCUGAAAGACCAGACGAGGUUGAUUUUGGUCCCUGGGAGUACUCCAAGUGUGGACGGACGGAUAGGGGCGUCAGCGCUUUCGGUCAGGUUAUCGGGAUUCGAGUAAGGAGUAACAAGCCGCUGCCGAAGGAGGAGGUAGAACAGACUGGAGGAAAUGGCGGGGACGACGUUGUGAUGGCCGAGGCCGCUCAGCAGCAAGCAGAGGCAGAGGGGGAAAAGGCCGCCGCUACCGACGUAGACCACAAAAAGCCCGAAUGGGAUCCCAUCGCCGACGAGAUCCCCUACUGCAGGGUGCUCAACCGGCUGCUGCCCCCGGACAUCAGGGUCAUGGCCUGGGCGCCCGUUCUCCCGCCCGACUUCUCCGCCCGAUUCUCCUGCCGCGAGCGACAGUACCGGUACUUCUUCACGCAGCCAGCCUUCGCGCCGAUGCCCUCCUCGCUGGAGCAGCCUCUGGCUUCAUCGGGCCAGAAGAGCGGCGGCAAGCAAGGCUGGCUCGACAUCGACAAGAUGCGCGAGGCCGCCAAGAUGUUCGAGGGCGUGCACGACUUCCGCAACUUCUGCAAGAUCGACCCGGGCAAGCAGAUCACCAACUUCAGCCGGCGCAUCUUCGAGUCCGACAUUGUCGAGGUGAAAGACGUUGAAUCCGAUCUGCCGUACCUGGGCCUGCCCGAGUUUCAGCCGCCGGCCGGUAGUGACGGGUCGCAUCCCAAGGUGUACUACUUCCACGUGCGCGGCUCGGCCUUCCUGUGGCAUCAGAUCCGCCACAUGGUGGCCGUCCUUUUUCUCGUAGGCCAGGGCCUCGAGCCGCCUUCGAUUGUCCAGCAGUUGCUCGAUGUGGAGAAGAACCCGCGCAAGCCGAACUACGUGAUGGCCGAUGAGGUUCCCCUGGUUCUGUGGGAUUGCAUCUUCCCCAAGCUGUCCGACGAGGAAGCCAACGCUGUUGUUCCUGGUAGCAGCGGCGACGGCAAGGACUCGCACGACCCGGAGGCCGAGGGCGAUGUCGAAAUGGUCGACUCCAUCGACUGGGUCUGGAUGGGCGAGGACGACCCGAUGAGCCUGUACGGCGCGCAGGGCCUUGUGACCGAGCUCUGGGGCACCUGGCGCGAGAGGAAGAUGGACGAGAUCUUGGCGAACCGGCUGCUGAACUUUGUGGCUACCAAGCCGGAUAUCGAGCGGAAAUUGAUCAAGGGCGCUUCUUCUGCGCCGCCCAAGGGAAUCAAGAAGGUCUACGAGGGAGGAAACAAGGCCCAGUUCAGAGGCUCGUAUACCCCGCUGUUCAAGAGGCAGUUGUUGGCUUCGGCGAAGGAGGUCAAUGAUAAGUAUGCGCAAGGGUUUGGAUUCAAGGACGCGGAGGAGAUGACUAAGACGAAGAACUGGAGGAGCGCGAUUAGGGAGCAGAAGGAUAAGAAUAAGAAGGGUGGACGGUCGAAGGUUGGGGGUGCGGAAACGCCUGCUGAGGAGUCUUCUAGCUGAGCGGCUCUGGGUUUAGGAUAGCAAACAUGCAAGAAUCAAUGCUACUCGGCAGCUACAGCACAAGUGCAAAG